AUGGCUCAAACACAGUCCCAGCAGUUCGCUUCGCAGAGUUUUACCCCGCCUGUUUCCACCCCCUCCCCAGGAGCCCCGUCUCCCGUCAGCGGAAUCGCCCCUCCUUCAAAACGUCAACGUUUCUCGCCUUUGCCCCAGUCUCAGUCUCCUUACGAAUCUCCCAGCUUUGGCACCCUACAGCCACCUCAUACAGGAAGUUCAGUUAAUGUCUCUUUUGCCAACGGCACCUCGACUCCCGCCAUGAACGCGCCUCCUGUUCCAGGGUCUAUGGGUCCCCCAUCGAGACCAGUCGAGAAAGCCACCGAUACAGCUGAACUGACCGAUGUUCUGGCUUCAUCUGGCAUCGAUGUUAGAGAGAGGAGAAUAUUUAACCCAUGCAUAUGGACAGGCUCUGCGCUCCCCAGCAACCCCCCGCGUUACAGACAAUUUCACACUCCUUCGUUACUCACCAAUCAGCGGUACCCGCUAAAUCCGCCACCAUCCAGACCCCGGAGGGCUGCAGCGGAGGAUGAAAGAUUACGACAAGAUACUGCGUCAAGCAGACGUAUGCAAUACCCUCUACAAGCGCCGUUUCUAUCUACAUCAUUAUUAGAAGAACGAAUACAAAAGCGCACCUACGACCUUGGAGUGCGUGUGCCAGCGCACGGUGUCUACCGCCCUUAUCCAGGUCGCGCUGCGGGUCCUGUCGAGGUCACUGGUCCAGAUGGUUCGUCUGUGGUACGCACUGGCAAAGCACUUUUGACCCAGGAUGCCCCACUUGGCGAUAUCCUUUCUCUGGUGACCCUGGCCUGUGAAGAACGACUGCGAUCUGUGGUCGAUCAUUCUUACGCGUUAGCAAUUAACCGACGAGCGAAUUCCCACGGUGUUGUUCCAUUAGAAUGGAGUGACAUGGCCGUUGCAUUAACACCCCCUAGUGCAAAAGCAGACGGUACUUCGACUAAGGAGGCCACUCCCACAGCAGCAACUCCCAAACGCCCUCUACCCAACGAUGUUGCGAAGGACGACGAACCGUUUAAUAAGAAACAAAUGCCGAUAGUCAAUAUCAUUGCCAAACGGAGUCGUAGCCUAGUGGAGAAGGAUAUAUCGUUUGAAGAAGAACGGGCAAGUAAACGAACAAGAAGGAAUGCCGAUGCGAUCCUGGGUGGCGAUUCCAGCAGAGCGGGCUCUGUUGGGCUUGGCACACCUGGAACUGCCACUCCAACUGGCCAGCUCAGUGAGCGUAUUAUGGAAGAACGCAAAGCCACGAAAAAAGACACGAAGAAGGCCGACAACAAGGUGACUGAAGCGGUACAACAUCAACAGUCCGUCGAGACUGCCCGAAUGGCCACAAACAACCUGACUUCUGGCGUCAGAUUCGGUGGGAAAAAAAAGACCUACAGCUGGCUAACAAACAGCUCACCUGCAACGGUGCGGAGUGUUUCCACGCCAUCAAGAGCAAGUGUUAGUGCUGCUGCCACCGCCGGAACGCCCACUCCAAGACCCACCGGUGUGGCUGUUACAGGACCCAGUAGACUUACUGGGAAACGGAUGGGAGAUUGGCGAGAGAGCGACAAGGAGCGUGGAGCCGGUGUUCAGAUUAGGGAUAUUCUUUUCGUGCUGGAAGUGGAUGGCAAGGGUUUGAAGCACUUACAGAAGGCUUACUCGAAGGAGUCGAAAGAAGACAAUGAUAAAUCCGAGCGAUAG